AAAAAAAAAAGGUUUUCGGCGAGAAAAAGCUGACGAGCCCGCUCAUUGUUCCGAGUCACAAUGACACAGGUCAUGGGUGGGUUAUAAAGGCAGCUUGGAGCCCACGGCUGCCCGCUGCAGCGUUACAAAAGCAAGCCGACACAAUGGGGAAGAUCAUUUUCUACGAGGACAAGAACUUCCAGGGCCGCUCCUAUGAGUGCAGCAGCGAGUGCUCGGACCUGCACUCCCACUUCAGCCGCUGCAACUCCAUCAGAGUGGACACCGGGGACUGGAUGGUCUACGAGAGACCCAACUACUCCGGCUACCAGUACUUCCUGAGGAAGGGAGACUACUCAGACUACCAGCGCUGGAUGGGAUUCAACGACUGUGUGCGAUCCUGCCGUAUGAUCCCCAUGCACCAAGGCUCUCACAAGAUGACCAUCUACGAGCGCCCGGAGUUCGGAGGACAGAAGAUGGAGCUGACCGACGACUGCCCGUCCCUCUACGAACGCUUCCAUCAGAACGACAUCUACUCCUCCAACGUGACGGACGGCUGCUGGAUCUUCUACGAGCACCCCCACUUCAGGGGCCGCCAGUACCUGAUGAGCCCCGGGGAAUACCGCCGGUUCCACGAGUGGGGCAGCAUGAGUCCCAGGGUGGGAUCCAUCAAACGUAUCACCAUGUGAGAAAAGCUGUACGUUAACUAAUCCAUGAAAUCAAUAAAUACAAUUUAAAACAA